AUGUUCAAGACGGCAGCUGAGGCUUUUGAGGUCAAUAAGGGCGAAUAUCUUAUCGACGAUUUUGAGCAACGAGAUAUCUCUGUGAUUGCCACAGAGUUGCCGGUUCCCCUGCGUCUUGUAGAGACGGCCGUUGAUCGAGUUCUUCAAGUUCUGGAGGACUUGUUCUCCAUGUCACAUCUCCAGGAAGAUGAUCUAAAGUUUGUCAAUCAGCCGGAGGCUGCCGUGCUUGUAAACAUCGGCGGAGAGCGCGUUGUAUCCCGACGUUUUCUCGCUGACAAAUUUAUGUAA